CAUUCAAUUCCCUCCUGCAAUUGCUUGCUUUUAGAGAAGAAGCGAUGAAAUUUAGAAAGAAUCUAAAAACCACGGUUCACAUCACCAGUGGUACAAGGCCUAACCACGGGUUAAGUUUGCUUUAACACGAAGAGAUGACAUCGGCAGUAACGGCACCCUUGUUAGGUGUGCCCUCUUUAAAAACUUCUCUAAUUAGGACCCUAUUUACUCCACGCUACGAACUGGUAGACCUGGGUAGUUGAUUCAUUAACACAUCUUUCAUCCGUCAAUUCAUUAAAUUGGGCGUGGAUUUUUCUUGGUUCUUCCAGAAUUCUGAGAGAGAUGGGGGCAUCGGAGGAAAGCUUGGGCGCGGGGUCAAAGUUGAAGUCGGCAGCAGUGCUGGAGCAGGCCAAGAAGCAUCUCGCCACUGAGGCAGGCAACGAUCUCAAGAAGAAGAUUGGCCUUGUUUAUCAGCUUAACAUUUCACCUAAGAAAAUUGGGAUAGAUGAGGAGGUGUUUGUUGUGGACCUGAAGAAUGCUCAAGUAACCAAAGGCCCAUUUGAAGGGAAACCAGAUGCAACAUUUUCCUUUGUGGACAAUGAUUUCCUUGCAGUGGUUACAGGCAAGAUGAAUCCUCAAAUUGCUUUUAUGAGGGGCAAAAUGAAGGUUAAAGGGAGCAUGAGUGCAGCGCAAAAGUUUACACCAGACAUUUUCCCAAAGCCUUCAAAGCUAUAAAAACAAUGCUCACCUUCCAGAAAAUUACUCUAUUUUUUCUGAAGGUUUUGCAUAGACGUUUUCACUAUCAAAUUUAGCAUUUAGUCAAAAUUCUUGCAAACGUCUCGUUCUUUUAGGGCAUCUUCUAUUGGGUUAGACUUUAUCAUUUCUAUGGCUAUAUUAGGAUGCGGACACACUAUUAAAUUGAAAUAGAGUUUAGAGUAAUUAUCGGGAAGUUCUUCAAGAUCCCGAACUGCACCUGGAGAAGCUUUUGGUCGUGGAACUGGUUUGGAUGUCAUGUGACUACAGAUGCAUAUCUGUCCUAUUUGGUAUUUCAAUUAAUUUAAAGGAAAUAAUUUUCAUGUUAAUAAACCACUUUGUAAUUUAUAUUAGCAAUCUAUGAAAACAUCAGAACCGUCAAUAACCGAAGUUUGAAUUUGCCGGUAUCAUAAUAAAGAUUCUAGUAACCUUCAA